AUGUCUAGAAUGCCUAAUCAAAGUGAAGCCGUCACAGAAACGUUACUCAAAGGGGAUGUCAUAUGGGUCCCGUAUCGAAAGGAUCCGUUGUGGCCUGCAUUGGUGCACAAUGUGUAUAAGAAAAAGGUUUCAUACAGCUUCUUUCCGCUGCCUUCCAAUGAGCAGGAUAUGAAGAAAAACAGAUUCAGUUGCGCUUCUAAACGAACCUUUGCAUUCGUCCGAACCGAGCCAAUAGCUCCAAACGCAGAUGAAGAAUUCAAAAAAGCAUUUGCUGCUGCUUGUGAUUACUUGAAACAGGAGGGAAAAGUUCGUGGAUCAGCUAUCAAUACAAUUGCAGAGGCUGCUGAAAAAAACAUAAGGAAAGAACGAGAAAUCAAAAACCAAAAACGGAAACAAGUUGACCCAGAUUCUCCGGAAAAUCCUGAAGGGGACCGAGAAAUAGAUGAAGACGACGUUGCCCCACCUUCUCCAAAACGGACCAUUUCAAUGUCUUCUGACCGUCAAAGUUUUUCUUCUUCCUCUCAACAACCAAUUACUAAAGAACAAUCUCAGAUCAUGAUGGCAGUUAUCAACGAACGCUUGGAGACGUACAUAAAUGAAAUCUGGAGCACUACCAAGGUCCAGGAAUUGCAGAAUCAGAAUAUGCAUAACGAGUUGAUAAUCAAUGUGAGAAACAAUCAGUUCUUAGAAGAAUCAGACUACAAAAAUGUGUUCGAACGGAUAGUGGAACUCAUACGUUCUCGAAAUUCAUCCCUUUCUUUGAUAUCGGCAUUCAACAUAACUGCUUCUCAUAUCAUUCCACAUGUACUUAUCAAUUGCUACUCAUCGUGUAAAAAUGUAGGCCACCAAACUGCGAAGGCAAUUUAUUAUCGCAAGAAGGCUCCUGUAUACGGACUUGAUCCAUCUAUAAAUAUCCCAGUCACUGAUCAUUUGGAAGAACUCUGUCGCUUAGCCUGUGAUGAAGGGGAUGCCAUACGAAAUCGUACACCGAGCACAAAUGUUUAA